CCGCGUUAAAAAGAUUUGCCAGAGCUCGCGGCUCGAGGUGUCACUCUGUGGUCUGUCUGCUACAACCAAUAUAAAUUACGCGAUACUCACCUAAUAGUGUUGUGAUUAAAAAGAAAAGUGUAUUUUAGUGAAGUCUGUGCAUCUUGAUGGUAUAAAACAUGAAAAUGGUGUGGCUAUCACUGGGGUAAGAUGGAGAAAGGUGAGGUGAAGUGAGUGGUGGUGGUGGGAGAGUGUGUUAAGGCUAGCAGCGGCGGCGGCUCGCUGGCUGGCUGGCGGAGACGGCAGUUACAUGCUGGUUAAACUGGAGCUGAGUGGGGCUGAGCGAGGCUGAGGUGGGCGGGGGCCUAAGGAGGAUAGGAUGCAGAAGGGUGAAAGACGUGAGCGGGGUGGCGGUGGAGGGAACAAGGAGGACCAAGACCCGGCCUCCAGACGGGUGUCCCGGGCCAGUACCGCCAACAGGACGGGCACCACCAUGCAGCCUGGCUCUAGGACAUCCUCCUCCUCCAACUCCUUAGAACUAUUUGUCGGGCCAAACUUUAGAGUCGGCAAGAAGAUUGGCUGUGGUAACUUUGGCGAGCUGAGACUAGGAAAGAAUUUGUACAACAAUGAGCACGUUGCCAUCAAAUUGGAGCCGAUCAAGGCCAAGGCUCCCCAGCUACACCUGGAGUACAGAUUUUACCGCAUGCUGGACGCCGUGGGAGAUCCAUAGGACAGAAUAUGUACACUCUAGAAGAUUAAUAUAUCGAGACGUCAAGCCGGAAAACUUUCUCAUAGGAAGGAGCUCCACUAAAAAAGACAAAAUAAUAAACAUUAUAGAUUUUGGGUUAGCCAAGGAGUAUAUUGACCCGACAACAAACAAGCACAUCCCGUAUCGGGAGCACAAGUCUCUAACGGGGACCGCCCGUUACAUGUCCAUCAACACUCACAUGGGUAAGGAGCAGUCCCGCAGAGAUGACCUGGAGGCGCUGGGUCACAUGUUCAUGUACUUUCUUCGUGGGUCACUUCCUUGGCAAGGUCUCAAAGCCGACACCCUUAAAGAACGCUAUCAGAAGAUCGGCGACACCAAACGAGCCACACCAAUUGAGGUCCUCUGUGAGAACUAUCCUGAAGAGAUGGCGACGUACCUGCGAUAUGUACGGCGGUUGGAUUUCUUCGAGACUCCAGAUUACGACUACCUGCGAAAGCUCUUCCAGGACCUCUUUGAACGGAAAGGCUAUGUUGAUGAUGGGGAGUUUGAUUGGACUGGAAAGACUAUGUUGACAGGAGUAGUGAGGAAUGGUGGGGGGCCUGAGCAGGGGGCUGUUGUUGGGCCAGGUGAUGGCAAGGAGGGUGAGAACCCCACUGCCGCGCAACAGACGCUACUACCUUGGACACCAACGCAGCAGGUGGAUGACACCGCCCCACGGCCUCCCCCGGUCAGACAUCAUGGCGGCACCAAGGGUACGGCAGCCUGGCCCGAAACCCCCAAGCAGGCAAGCAACAUGUUAGGCGGCAACCUCACCCCAGCAGACCGCCACGGCUCCGUCCAGGUUGUGAGUUCUACCAAUGGUGAGCUUGGGCCAGAUGAUCCCUUGGCUGGCCACUCCAAUACACCCAUCACAGUUCACCAAGAGGGAGACACUUCAGACGAAACCAAAUGUUGCUGCUUCUUCAAAAGAAAGAAGAAGAAGGCUGGCCGUGGGAAGUGACUGGCGGUGGUGCAGUGCUCACCGGAGAGAGAGGCCAUUGCGGUGCUGCUGCCGGCAUCACAGUCGCAGUCUAAUGAGAGUAUCCUCAACCCUCAGGCACCGCCACCAAUAGGGGGGCACCCAGCCAACCCCCAUAAGCACUAAUCACUUCACCAUUACCUCAUCACCACCGGAAGCACUGCAUCUCCAGCUGAAUCAAGUACUCGCCUCUAAGAUGUGGAGUCUAGCCUCGUGCUUGUAUCUUUGUGUUGUGUGAAAAUCCGUUGUGAUCCCAUCUGGCACAUUGUGUACUAUUAUGCCUGUGUUGAGACGAGCCUUUUUAGUGGUACCUUGACUAAAUUAAAGGCUUAAAACCUGGCCAGAUGAAUGUGCUUUUAUGUUUUGCUGUGCACACCACUGGAGUGCUGGAAGAUGGUUUGCCAAAGCCAUUAUAAUUUUGGACAAUCUCUUUUGCAUAUGUGUGGCAGGGGUUUACAGAGAAAUUAUUUUAAGCACCAUGAUCAUAAAUAGACACAGAGCUUAAUGUAGAAAGGAGAAUGUGCAAUAAAGAUAUACUCAGUUCUAAACUAAACUAUUAGAAAUGAUUGCUGCCAGAGAAAUUAGAUUUCCUCUCUGACAAAGAGGAGCAUUUUGUGGCCAGACUGGAUUGGAAGAAGGCUGAGGUGGUGGUGGUGGUGGUAAGGGAAAUUUGGAGUUUACUUCAAACAACUGCUUACCAUGAGUGGAUUGAAGCCCCCCUAUUCCCUGGGACCUUUUUAAGGCCUAGCCUGUAAUUGUGAUGAGAGCAGUCAUUUUUGGCUCUUGUGACAAAUCAGUGCGUUUCAUUUUCCCUAUUUAUGAUAACGAUGAGGAAGCCCGUUGGUGUGUCGCAUAAAGCCGAGAAUGACUGAUUGAGUCACAUUUGUUCUGUGAUGAUUACUUAACAAGUAAGACGAGUUCAUCUGCUUGUUCACUCCAUCAACCAAAAAAGUGAAUGGACUAUUGUGCUUUGAUAAAACAUUCUUUAUUCGCCAAAUGACCAAUUGAUUUUUUUCCUCUGUGUAUUUAGUCGCCUUUGGGAAGUACUAAUGUUGACAUACUCUGGGACGACACUAGUUUAGAUGUAGUUUGGUGGAAGCAAGUCAUGACCAGUGCAAAAGGGGCAUUUUUGUGUCCCUGUGUUGGCACCAAACUGGCACCCAAUGGCAUAGCUAUUUAAUUUUAAUAUUUACUUAGGUACCAUAAUAAAAAGGUUUUAUUUGCUUAAUGCCCAACAAACAGAGAUGAUUCUCAAUGGUGAUGGAAGUUGACUGAGAAGUAUAAGUGAAAGCAGAGGAGGAGCCUUUUGUUUUAAGAAAAAGAAAUAAAAAAAAAAGAAUGGGAUUGGAACUGAAUGAUACCAGAUAUGAAAGAGGAUUUGAAAAAGUGGAAAUACCCAAGUGCCAAACAGGCAGGGGAGUGAAACACAGAUGAGACAGACAAUCCUUAAUGGAGGGAUUAGUGGGCCUGGGGAUGGCAUCGUGCUUACCACAUGCUGAAAUUGCUUGUUUAGUUUCAUUGGCAAGUGAUGGAACAGUCUACAAAUAUGUACCACACACUAGUGAUCAUGAAUACGACUUCCUCGAGCUCAUUAUUGGGAAGAAAAAGUGAGGAAAACGACUCAUCGGCAGAAAGCAGUGUACAGUGGUUGGUGGUAAAUAGUUAAGACACAUGGUAGAAGUAAUCCUAGCAAUCUUCCUGUCUGAAUUUAUGGAUCCAAAGGGCCGGCACAGGUCGAGAAGAAUCGCCCUCUUAACCUGACGGGCUUUUGGAAGUGAUUGGUAACCUGUACAGUGAGAAUAGUUGGACAAGAGUGAAGAGUAAAUAUGUAACCUCAAAGGCAAGAAUGGAACGACACUUGUCUUUCAUAGUCUUUGCAACACAUUCAUCACCGAACUUGUGCUACACCACGAUCUCGUCCCCCAGGGCUUUUGUUAGGAGGGACUUGUUACAGGGAGGUUCUUGUAGCAAAGUCCAAAGUACCUUUCAGAAGUAUAUCAAUGUCAUGUGGAAGGAUAGAAACUUCCAAUAUUAUUUUUAUCAUGCCUAUAACUGUUCAUCAGAACAUGUGAUGUAAUAAGUGACUAUAAGCCUCAUAGUUCUUCAAACAGUGUGUCUCUUGAUUCUCCUAAUAUCCAUACAGUAUCAUUCUGAAGAUUUUUUUUAUAUAUACCGUAUACCAUCAUCAUUAUAACUCUUAUUAAAGUAUCUUUCUUGUACUCACUAAUCCCAUCACAUAGUCUGUAUUUUAUUUUAUUUUAUUUUAUUUUUUUUAAGAAUGACUUCGUUCAACCCAUUUCAUCUAAAGAUAAACAAAAACUGAAAUCAGAUAUUUUUUUCCCCUUCUCAUUUUGUGUGUUCUCUUCAUUGAUUUCUGACAGUGUCCUAUAGUCACAACUGAUAUUCCCCCGAGGUCCUCCUCAUAAUGUUUUCCUAGUGGUCACUUCAGCUAAUUGGACUUGCCUACAGAUGGUCAUAUUCUUGCUCACAUUUUAUGGUUAUAGUGAGAAAACAGUCUUCUAUAUUAAGCUUCUAGAAACCACAUAUGGGAAACCAGCAGUCAGGGAGGAAUAGUAUAUAAAUGUUAUGAUUGCAUCGUGUUCCAUUGCUGAAGCCAUUUUAUUCUGUCCAGUUUUGUAGGUAAACAAUUUGAAAUCUUGUUGAUGAGCUCAUAGAUGUAGUGACGUGGUCCACAGAGAAGUAAGUACAAGGCAAAGUUUACAAGUUAUACUGCCUUCCUUCACACUGGUGUUGAUGCAGUCUGCAGCAAAUGUGAUGACUUGUAUGUACUUUGAAGCUGUGAACAAUUAUUAUUGUAGAUAAAAAAAAGCUCUCUUUCAUAUAUGUACUUUAUUGAGCACAUGGUGUAGCCUCUUAUAUUAUUAAUGAUGACAAAGGCUUGCAGUGUGCUGACUGCUUAGAAUGACACAGCGAGUUUAGUCCUUGCUACAGUAUAGCAUUCUUUGCUUUUUUCUUCUGUUCUCCUUGUAUAAUUUUAUUUAUUUUAUUUUCUCUUCCCAGCAAUACAAAAUUUGCUGUUACUUUUGCACCAGCAGUAGCACCAUCACCAGUGUAAUCACCAUUGCCAUCAGCAGUAAUAUACCUGCAGAAAAGACUGGUUUUAAUAAUUUUACACUUUCAUAAUACAAAGGGAGUUCUUAAAGUAAUCCAUUGGUUUAGGUUUUGGUAUUGCUGAUGCCAUGACAAAACCAUUUUGUAGGAAGCCAGGCUGAUGUGAUCAUACCUCUACCGUCACCAUAGUUCUUGGCCUUCGGUGUCAUGUAUAUAUGUGAUUAUUCAUGAGCAAAUGCAUUGCUUCUCAUUGGAGGUCAAUGAUCAUUUAUGAAUGAGUGUGCAAGAGUGGAGACGGUAGUGUCAUCUGUGAUUUUCUCACUAAGAAUUAUCUGAAUGCUAAUUUUGAAAUAUGUUGAGUAUGCCCAGUCACAAGAGUCGCCUGUCACCCAUUUUGGGGAAGUCAACAAGUAGUAAAGUUUUUUGUAUAAUUUCGGAUAUGGAUGUUACCUAUGACGGUCCAUUGAAGAUAACCAUAGUGUAUUUCAUCUUUCUAUGAAGUUGUCCUGUGGUUUGUAAGGGUGAAAGAAAUCACUUGUUUGCCUCUAUGGAACAUACUGCUUCAAUGUGCUGUUUAAUAAUAAAAACUCAGCAUUUGUAUCCGUAUAAUCCAUAUAACUGGAAGAAUAUAAUAAUACUGUUGUUAAA